GGAGCGGCUUUGUCCCGGGUGACGGCGGCGGAGGUUGCGGGGAGGAGCGGGCAGCAGGCAGAGACCCACAGACCCACAGACCGGCCACCCCGAGACCGAGAGGCUGGGCGCGCGGCGCACAGCCCCACGCCCAGGCCCGCGGGCAUCGCGCCCGCCCCAGAGCGCGCUCGCACCGGCGGGCAGGUGAGCAGGCAGCGCCGCGCCCGCAGCCACCGGCCCCAGCGGACCGCCUGAGCAGCCGCCUCGGCUUCUGCCCGCGCAUCGCGGACGCCCAGCAGGAAUGAGAGGAGAAUCUUAUUUCAUUGGAAUGAGGAACCCAGGGCAGCAGGGGCACAUCCCAGAAGAUGGAGGACUUUUCUUGCUCUGCUGCAUAGACAGAGACUGGGCUGUCACUCGGUGUUUUGCAGAGGAAGCCUUUCAAGCCAUCACUGACUUCAAUGACCUGCCUAACUCCCUGUUUGCAUGCAACGUUCACCAGUCAGUGUUUGAAGGAGAAGAGAGCAAGGAAAAGUUUGAGGGGCUGUUCCGGACUUAUGAUGACUGUGUGACGUUCCAGCUAUUUAAGAGUUUCAGACGUGUGCGAAUAAACUUCAGCAAUCCCAAAUCUGCAGCUCGAGCCCGGAUAGAGCUUCAUGAAACCCAGUUCAGAGGGAAAAAAUUAAAGCUCUACUUCGCACAGGUUCAGACUCCAGAGACAGAUGGAGACAAACUGCAUUUGGCGCCACCGCAGCCGGCCAAACAGUUUCUCAUCUCACCUCCUGCAUCUCCUCCUGUCGGCUGGCAGCCCAUCAGUGAUGCAACACCUGUCCUCAACUAUGACCUCCUCUAUGCCGUGGCCAAACUAGGACCAGGAGAGAAGUAUGAGCUCCAUGCAGGGACUGAGUCCACCCCAAGUGUUGUGGUACACGUGUGUGACAGUGACAUAGAGGAAGAAGAGGAUCCAAAGACGUCCCCAAAGCCAAAAAUCAUCCAGACCCGACGUCCUGGCCUGCCACCCUCCGUGUCCAACUGAGCUCACCGCUCCACCUCAACGAUAAUAUCUGUCUCUUCUUUAUCAUGCUUCCCCCGCCCCGCCCUGUUGUUUGUCAGAAAAACAAAUAAUUGCCUUUAAAUCCCUGGGUGUUUGGUUGUUUGAGAUUCCUUCCUUGUAAUCAAGCCUCUUGGACAAAAGGGCUAGGAAAAAGUGGUAUGUUUCCUGAUCAUAUCAUACCCAUCAAAUAUAAUCCAUUAUUUAGAAGGUUCUAGGAAAAAAGUAGUAUUUUCUUAUUAAACAAUCAGCACAGCCUAUCUUCAUUCUCUCAUGUUGAUCCAAGCCAGAGACAUCAGUAACAAAUAGCACCUGUGUUGUUUGUGAGCUGUUUCAGUCCCAGUCCUGACGUGUGUGCUUUGUUUUUCCUGGCCACUUAAGUAGGACCAUAAGUAAACUUGACUUUGACUGCAUGAGAUACCCCUAUCUGGUCUCACUCAGUCCUCUGCAUCCCGACAUUCCCAGGACAUGCAUGAUCACCAGCAUUUAUUUUCAUGAUUUGAGGAUAUACUAUAACUCACCAAUUGUCAGCAUCCAGCCAUGUCCGGUCUAGAUUAGGAAAAUGAUCAGCAUCAUCCAGCUAAACUAGUCUGGGUAUAUUCACUAUUUUGAGUCAGUACUUCAUAGCUCUGUUGAAAUUCCUGGAGGCAAAACUGAGCUUCGCCCCAAAGAUAUUCCUCAGUAGAUUUUGACCACCUUCAUAUAGAAUUUUCCCAGCCUCGUUGGGGAGGCUUGUCCAGGGUGAUAGAGACCGAUUUCAGACAAACCUAUUUAUUACAAAAGUUUCAUGGUGUCUGAACGAUUGUUUUUUCUCUUUGUAUAUUUGUACAAACGUUUCAGCUGUGCUUUUAAAAUCUGGAUGUUUUUUAUUUAGUGAUUGUUCAGCCAUUAGCUGCUUAAAAACAUAAUAUGUGCAUUGCUUAUGAAUGCAUUCAUAUACUAAUACAGAUAAUCUGAUAAUACUACACUCUUAUGGAUAAUGCUGUAUUUUGAAAGGGCGCAGACUUCUCAUGCCAAUAGAUAAAUGAUUAGCCAACAUCUUUGCUAUCAAGACCACUUGUUUUUAAAUAAAGUGAAGAUACAAGUGUCAGUUGUAGACAAUUUGGUGACGUUAAAUCUCCAGAAUGUAGCAGUGCUGAACAUAUUAAAAUGAAAGGAUGAUAUAUAAAUAUAUGCCGAGCCUACUCAUGCAAUGCCUAUAUUGCUCAAAAAAUGAUUUGUUUUCAUUACAUGUGAUUUUUCUAUUUCUCUAGCCCAAAGUGCAUUACAAAAGAUACACUUAUAGAACCAUUACCUUCUGCUGUAUGUGCCAGGCCUCAUCUACUCCUGUACAUUAAUGAAUUAUUUUAGAUGCAAAUGCCAAUUAUGAUGGAGUGGGGAAAUACCUUUGUUACCCAAGCCUCAGAAAACACACAAGAAUAGUAAUACAGUCAAGUGAUGGAAGGAUUGUUGUGGGUUUUGAUUAAGGUGUAUGUUAGUUUCAUCAGAAACUUAAAACAUAGACUGAUCACUCAGAAAUUAAAGUCCGUUCUACUGUGAAUAUAGCAAUAUAGUACUGGAUACAGUACAGGCGAAACUGAGGACAGCAUUGCUUGUUAAAUCCUGAGUUUCCAUUAAAAAAACACGAAGGCUCCUUUUAAAAAUAAAAUCUGAGGAGUGUAUAAUAAGCAAAUGCUUUGAAUUUCCUUUGCUGUGGAGGUUUCUGGAUCUUGGAUUUUGAGAAAUGAUAGACUAACCAUCACAGUGGAGAAACCCUGCCCUCUAGUGGAAGAAACACUCUCUUCAGCUGUUGAGAGGCAUGAACUGCCCGCCGUCAGCCAUUUUGUGCUGAAUUCUCUCAGUCUUCUGCGACUCAUCUGGCUUUUUAACCUAUCCGGAAUUUUCAAAAUGCAGAUUCUAAAGAAAUGGGAGUGAGAGAAAAUGUUUGGAAAUGAUUGUUAAAUGUUUUAAAACAGAGGCAUCGGCUAUUUCCAACCAAAUUUAGAGUUGAAAUGACCAUUGUGUGUAAUCCUAAAAUGAAAUCUCAGUGAAUGACCUCAAUGGUUAGUCUUAGUGAAAUGUAUGACCAAGUGGCAAUGCCUGUCUCAGAUCAGGUAAUUCUUCCAUUAGGUUGGGUCUGGGGAGGGUCUGAAGCGGAGCUUUUCCCAGCAAACGGGUAAAAAGUGGGAAGCUCUUCUGAAGGGGAGCCUCCUAGCACUGUGAAAGUCAGAAUCGCCUCAGCAUUUCCAUGACGCACAUUAUGCAAACCUCUUUAGCACUAUUUUAAGUUUGAAAAGUUUAAAAGUGGAGGGGAAGGGGGAGAUUUCCACCAAUUGAAUCAUUUGUGCACGUGUAUAGCUCAAAGAGCUUAGACUUCAAAUAUACCUGGUGAAUGAC